UCAACUGCUGCUUCUCGCUCCGCCUGUCGUCUCUGCUUGCAAUGCCAGGGACGGCGCCUCCGUCCCCGCCCACCCGCUUACAUGCUCCACGCCGCGCGCAGGCGGACGCCGCCGCCGCUCCCUGCCGCGCUCGCCGCCGCCUUCUUCGCCUCCAAGCCCCACCCUCCGCCGCUGCCAACGCCGCAGAUCGUCGACGCCACCGUCUCUCGCUGCCCCUCAGACGCCCUCGCGCUCUCCUUCUUCCUCUGGUGCGCCCGCCGCCCCGGCUACUUCCACCCGCCCUCCUCCUUCGACCGCCUCCUCCCCGCGGCCGCCCGCCUCGCCUUCCGGCUCCGCACCGCCCCUGCUCUUCUCCGCGACCUCCAGGGCCUCGGCUGCCCCAUCAAGCCCCAGACGUUCCUCCUCCUGCUCAGGAUCUACUGGCGCGGGGGCCUCUACCCGCUCGUGCUCGAGCUGUUCGAGCAAAUGCCGCUCUGGGGAUUCCAACCCAACGCCUUGGCGUGCAACAUCAUCCUCGACGUCCUGCUCCGGACAGGCCAUUUCGCCGAGGCGGAGCGCUGUUUCCGGGACAACCUUUCGCCCAAUUACCUCACCUUUGCCAUCGUGCUCACUCAUCUCUGCAGAGCUGGGGACUGGUCUAGGGUGCGGUGUUAUUUCACAGAGAUGCUUCGACAGGGGUUUCUCCCAGGUGUUGCUUCUCUUACAAUAGUUUUUGCUUGCUGCUGUAAGUUUGGAACUAUGUCUGAGCUCUGGCAGCUACUAUCUUUCGCCCAUGUCUCCGGUUGCCAGCUCACCUCGGCCAUGUGGACAUGCUUGAUUGCUCGUCUGUGUCGUGUGCGGAAACUAGAUGAUGCUUAUAGGAUGCUGGCAAAGAUGGUGGGUUCUGGCUCUCCUCCCACGGUGAUCACUUACACGCCCCUCCUCAAAGGUUUCCUGCAAGCUGGGAUGCACGAUGUGGCUAGCGAGCUUAUGGGAUCCAUGGUGUCUGCUGGCUGCAGCCCAGACAUUGUUCUGUACAAUGUUCUGAUGGACUGCAUGGCCAAGGCAAGAAGAUAUGAUGACGCCCUGGGCAUUUACAUGCAAAUCCAUGGCAGCCAGAUAAAGCCGGAUGCUUACACUUUAUCUACUUUAGUUUGGGUCUUACAAUUGUCAUCUUAUGAAAGGCUUCUUCUCAGGAUUCCUAGCUUGAUUAUGCGCUCGUGUACCUCUUAUGAUCUUGUGGCCUUCAAUUCAGUGCUGAGUGCUUUAUGCAAGUCAGGUUUUCCAACAGAAGCCAUCCAGUUCUACUUUGAUAUGCUCGAAAAGAACAUCAGGCCGGACUGCUACACUUAUGUCAGUUUAUUGCAUAGCCUUUGCCAAUUGGAAAUGGUAAACCAUGCAAUCAAUUUCUACCGCAGUACUGCUAUGAGGGAUCCUGAAUCAAAUUCAUAUGUUCAUGCAACCAUCCUCUGUAUCCUUGUUAGACAAGGCCGGAACCUUAUCGCCUUAAGAAUUUUGAGGGAGGCUGUACGUGAAAAUCGUGCUCUUGAUGCUGUGUGCUACACUACUGUUUUACAUGGUCUUUUCCAAGCUCGUCUGGUGGAAGAGGCUCGCAUGCUAUUUGACCAGAUGAAACAAUUGGGGAUGGCAUCUAACACUUGUACAUACAACGUAAUGCUUCGUGGACUUUGUAGGACCAAGGAUAUUCAUGCUGUCAAACAGUUGCUAACAGAAAUGGAAAAUGCUGAUGUUGAGAUGGACAGCAUAUCAUUCAACACAAUAGUUGUGUUCUUAGUUAAGUCACGGCUUAUUGACUCAGCUGCUGCAAUGAUCAGCGAGAUGCUUAAUCUAGGCAUGAAACCUUGUACCAAAGCUUCCUUAUUACUUUCUCAGUCCAUUGGCUAUAAAUUUGUCCUGGAGGAUAAUAUCACAACCACUGUUGAUAGUGAUGGUUCUGAUUCAUCCAGUGAUCUGCUUGUAUGCUCAGCUACAUAGGCAAAAUUAUUUCAGCUGAACAAGCAUACUGUUACAUAGGUGCAUAAUUGCUUGCUACACAGUACUUAAGGAUGGAGCGGAGAUCCUGAUGCUUUGGCAAGAAUGAAUGCUGCUACAGAAGCUCUUGAUGAUCCAUGCGAAUAUUGUAGAUGAUGAUGAAAGCAAUUUAUCUAUCUGAACAAUAUUGCAACAUUUCCAUUUAUGUGAUGUUUGCUGCUUUUUUGAAAUAAUUGCCAUUUUCUGCGUACUGUGAUUUGAAAUCUUUCCCACCACCCUUGUUUUGCAGCAAAAGCCAUCCUUUGAGUUGUCUGGAAAGCUGGCUGAGGAGACCAACAGAGUUGCAGGUGUAAAUCUAUUAUAUUCAGAACCCCCAGAGGCUCGCAAGUCAGAGAUUAGAUGGAGGCUCUAUGUAUUUAAGGGUGGAGAACCGCUGAAUGAACCACUGUAUGUUCAUCGGAUGACCUGCUACCUUUUUGGAAGAGAAAGGAAAGUUGCAGACAUCCCCACAGAUCAUCCCUCCUGCAGCAAGCAGCAUGCAGUUCUUCAAUAUAGACUUGUAGAGAAGGAGCAACCAGAUGGCAUGAUGGCAAAGAAAGUGAGGCCUUAUCUGAUGGAUCUUGAUAGUACAAAUGGGACUUUCAUUAAUCAAAAUCGCAUCGAACCUCGUCGCUAUUAUGAACUAUUUGAAAAAGAUACAAUCAAGUUUGGCAAUAGUAGCCGGGAGUAUGUUUUACUCCAUGAAAAUUCAACAGGAUGAGGAUCAAAAUGUCCGAAUACAUUUAUUGUAGGAGAAAAUUGAGCAGAAGCAUGUGCUGAUACUUGUUUUUUGUUUAAACAAAAAGAUGGACGGGGGCUGGUCCGCUGGUAUUGCUUUUGGUCUGUGCUUUCUUCACAGGCGUGUAGGGCUAUCAUCAUGAAGAGAGCAACCCGUAGCAGAUAGCCUUGAUCUUGUAUUCAAGCAUGUUUUGUACUGCUGGCAUUUAUAUCACUUGGCAUCGGAACCUCGGAGGCAGCUGUUUAUGGAUCUGUACUUAGUGGUGUCGAUCAUGGAUUUAGUAUUUUAAUUGCGCGUCUCAGAUCUGGCAUUCAUAUCCGGCGUGCUGCUGGUUCUGUAUGUGCUGGUUCUGUAUGUGCCCGUUGCUCGAGUAUGAGUAUACGGUGGGAAGGAUCUUAGAUGAACUGCCACUCCCUAAUAUCACACGGCGACCCAGCGCCCGUUACCCUAUAGGUUAGCAGCAGUUACCUAUUUUAAUCCUAGCAUGCUUUUUUGAUCGGGAUUGCUGAGUAUAUACACAAUAUUUGUAUAAAUAUUUAUUUAGUUAUUUAACAUAUCAAUUUGAACUCUCCUUUUUUCCUC